ACAAGUUGUUUUAAAAGCAAGGUUGCUACUGUCCGAGCCAGUGCACUCGCGCGAGCAGAUCGACUCAGUCGUUAGUGCUCGCAGCUGUAGUAUUUAGAUUGUUCGCGGACUUUGAAAUAUUGCAGUGUUUGUGUACGUUCCAGCUUGGGAAAAGGGGAAUUGGGAUCCAAACGCACAAAAAUCAAUGCACUAACAAAACGCAAGCAAGAUGGCGCCACAAGAGCGAACUUCGUGCUGCGAGGAGGAUUCCCGCCAAAACCACGGCAUAGACAACCUAUCAAACAUAGACUUGAACGGCUUCGUAAAUAAGGGCUACCAACCUGACAGUGACAAACCUGACACAGAGAAUGUUGCCGGCCCUAAAAAAGAAAAAAAGGCAACGGAUUUCGAUGACUUACUGCCAUAUGUGGGGGAAUUCGGAUUGUAUCAGAAGAUAUUGUUUUUAUUGAUGAUUCCGUUUGCGUUUUUCGUGGCCUUUGUGUAUUUUUCGCAAAUUUUUAUGACGCUGGUGCCGGAGCAGCAUUGGUGCUGGAUUCCGGAGCUGGCAAACUUGACUGUUGAGGAGAGACGCGCCCUCGCCAUCCCUCCCAAAACUGACGGCCCUUUCUCCCACGACCGCUGCCGCAUGUACUCGACCAACUGGACGCAGGCGCUGGCUGAAGGCCGGACGACACCGGACGACGAGUGGCCUAUAGUCCCGUGUACUAAAUGGGAGUACAAUAGAAGCGAUGUGCCGUAUGACACUAUUGCUAGUCAGCUGGACUGGGUGUGUGAAAAGGACAACCUAGCGGCGACAUCUCAGGCUAUCUUCUUCUGCGGGGCCAUAGUGGGGGGCCUGCUGUUUGGCUGGAUCGCCGACAAAUAUGGGAGGAUUCCAGCUUUAGUGGGCACAAAUCUGAUCGGCUUCGCGGCUGGCGUCGGAACAGCAUUCAGCCACAGCUUUUGGACCUUCUCUGCCUGCCGGUUCCUCGUUGGAUUUGCUUUCGACAACUGCUUCACUAUGAUGUACAUCCUGGUUCUCGAGUACGUCGGUCCAAAAUGGCGGACAUUCGUGGCCAACAUGUCAAUAGCUUUGUUCUUCACAUUGGCUGCGUCACUGCUGCCAUGGAUAGCGUUGCUAGCUGAUGACUGGAGGACAUUCGCGUUGGCGACAAGCGCGCCUUUCAUCAUGGCCGCUGCAACGCCAUGGUUGGUGCCGGAGAGUGCCAGAUGGUUGGUGUCGCAAGGAAAGAUUGAAAAGGCUUUGACAAUCAUGAAAAAAUUUGAGAGGAUCAACAAAACGAAGAUUCCGGAGAAAGUUCUCAGUGAUUUCACGGAAUCAUCUCUCAAAACCAUCAAAGAAAACGAGGCCGAAAACCGAACAUACUCCGUCCUCGACCUAUUCCGUACCCCCCGUCUGCGUCGCAACGCGAUUCUACUCAUCAUCAUCUGGAUGGCUAUUUCAUUAGUCUUCGACGGCCAUGUUCGGAACGUGGGUUCUUUAGGCCUCGAUGUUUUCUUGACGUUCACUGUGGCCUCCGCCACUGAGUUACCUGCUGAUACGUUCCUCACGGCUGUUUUGGAUAGAUGGGGCAGAAGAUGGCUCGCCUGUGGAUCCAUGGUGAUCAGUGGCGUGUUCAGUUUACUGGCCACUGCUGUACCAGUUGGUGGACCCUCAGCGUCCCUUGCCAUCCUCGGCCGCUUCGCCGUCAACAUUUCUUACAACAUCGGACUUCAAUACGCUGCUGAGCUACUACCUACCGUAGUCAGAGCACAAGGCGUAGCGCUCAUCCAUAUCAUGGGAUAUGUCGCUAGUAUAGUGGCUCCCUUCGUUGUUUAUUUGGCCACCGUAUCUCAAGAGCUUCCACUCCUCAUCCUCGGAGCCCUAGGCAUCGUGGGCGGCCUGCUCUGCCUGUUUCUGCCAGAGACCAUGGAUACGGAGAUGCCGCAGACGCUCCAAGAUGGAGAAGACUUCGGCAAAGACCAGAAGUUUUGGGACAACCCUUGCUUCAACAGGAAAAAACCUGAGGAUGACGAAGAAAACCCAGGCCGCUACACCAAACGAAACUCGGUGACCAACCAGCCCCAAGAAUUCGUAAGAGCCAUUCCUUCCAUCGGCUCAAGGGCAUCCAUUCGAGCUUCAAUCAGAGCCUCCAUGCGAUCCAGGAGGCAGGAGAAUGGAGUCUGAAGAUGAAAGUAUUAAUAAUUGAUAGUUUUGGUUAUUACGCUUAUAUACUGUCAUGUGAAUGUUUUGCUGAUCUGAUUUGGCUUCAGGUUAGGUUUGACUAUCGGCUCUUUGACAGCCAAAAGUGUUUAGGCUAAGUGCUUUGGUUGGAAAAGAGCUUUUGAUAGCCAAAGAGCUUAAGGCAAAGAGCCUUUGAUAGGCAGAGCUUUUUAUAGGCAAAGAACCUUUGAUGAGCAAAGAGCCUUUGAUAGGCAAAGAGCUUUUGAUAGGCAAAGAGCCUUUGAUAUGCAAUGAGCUUUUGAUAGCCAAAGAGCUUUAGGCAAAGAGCCUUUGAUGGACAAAGAGCCUUCAUAAUCAAAUCGCCUAAAUUUUAGGUGUUCGAUAGUACACUUACUAUUGUUAAGGUACUAAUAGAUGUACGUGCUGAACUAUCUUGGUGCGGUUCGAGGCAUGUUCGAUCGUGUGGAAGGCGGUUCGUUGACUUCUCGAGGAUGAAUCUAUAAGUUAGAGCGAGAAAGAUGUAUAUGGAACUCACCAAGGUCGUAGUUACCUACGUCUAUCAGUACUUUUGCAAUAAUAUUUAGUCAGCGAGUAGGAGUGGGAUAGCAAUAAAUAGCCGAAUACUACUUUGUAUUAAUACUUUGGUAUCACUGUAUAUUGUUGCAAAAAUGACUUAGAAACGAUCAAGUUAACUACCUAUGUAGAAGAUGUAUUUUAUUUAUACUAAGUGUAUCGCUCUGCACUAGACACAAAAAUAUACAUUUCGAUAUGAAAAGAGAUGACAAUAACCGGAAUAAUAGGAUAGAGUUAGAGUAAUAAUAAAAUUUGUAUUUUUGACCACACCAGCAAGUAAAGGCUUCAAAAACUGAAGCGUUGCAUUUUAUCCACAAGAGUGGCAAAGUAAUAUGACAAAGAGAAAAGCAUUUAUUGCGAACAUAUGGGCGACGCGGGCGCAUAGCGCAGUAGUAUUAAUACCAUGCAAAUUUUUAGUUGUUUCCUUAUGUUGGCUGGUAGAAUUGACUUGUGGGUCAAAAUUCUAUUCGUUGUCUUGUUUCUGACCACUCUUUCAUGCUUUUAUCUAUGUCUUCUAUCUAAUAAAUAGAGAAAGUCGAGUGAUGUCUUUCUAGAUGUAGAUUAUAUUUUACAUGAGAAAUAUUUAAAAUUUUAUUAUUUUCAUCUCAUACGAAAAGCUCCACUUCGUAAACAUUUUUUGGGGACUAAACUAAAACAAAUAAAGUAAACGAGGAUUUUGAAAGAUAAAUAUUUAAUAACGUUCAUUUUGAUUUGAUUUUGUGUGUUGUUUUACAGUUAGUAUUUUCCUCGCGACUGUGGUGAAAAUUUUGGUUUCACUCGGUGGUAAAAUUUGAUCAACGAAUUAAAAAAAAUUUACCACCGAGAGAAACAUAAAAAAAUUUAACACUGUCGCGAGGAAAAUACUAACCGUAAAUCAACACGAAUGCCUUACCUUGAAAACGCUUAAGCUUCCAUUUUUCGGACCACUGGUUACGUGCUUAUUUUGGAAUCUUUCGCUUGCUCGGGUAUCAAUAUUAGCACGAGCGGUUAAACAACUUUGCCCCCUUGUAAAACAAAUAACUUUGUAACAUAGGGCUAUGUUUAUAGCACACAUGAAAAAUUGAAAUAAAUUCGCAUAAAUUGAACAAACUAUGCGAUACAUCUAAACAUGCGUCAAAAAGUACAAAUAUGUACGGACAUGUAAAUGAAAAAAAUACCAAGCGUGGCUGCGAUUUUGAGAAUUAAAGCCACCUUA